AUGGCUACUGAUAAAUCGCCUGUGGAUGAUUCGCAAGAUGCAACAUUUUCGCUUUUCCCAAAAAGUCAUUCAUCAGAUGCAUCGCUUGGAAGCUCAGCUGGAACGAAUACACCAACAUUCGAAUGUCCAUCAUUAAUUUUACAUGAAAAAUUAAGCCGAGCCGCAUGUUUUGCUUUAGUCGAUUUGAUUGCCACGGUGUUAAGACUCGAUUUUUGGCAUCAAGAAGAUCCGUUUGACGAAAAGUAA